CUUCGUGUUUUAAAGUACUGUGCUUAUCGAUUACUCGAUAGUGUUACUGGCGGUGAUAACUGAUGUGCAGUUGGAAGUAGUGGUUGGUAUGGUGAGAACACUUGCUGCGCCAACCAAACAGUAUGGCGAAGGAGGUAGCAGAAGAAUACGCGUCGAGCUUGGCGGACUUGACCGUCAACAGCAAACCCCUCAUCAACAUGUUGACGAUACUUGCAGAAGAGAACAUCGACCACGCUGGGGUUAUCGUUGAAACGGUGGAGAAGCAUUUGGAGAAGGUUCAUCCAGACAUCAAGCUGCCUGUUCUCUAUUUAGUUGAUUCCAUUAUCAAGAAUGUUGGUGGAGCAUACACACAGAAAUUUUCUCAGAGCAUUGUGAACAUGUUUACACGGACUUUUAAGCAGGUUGAUGAGAAGGUGCGAUCUCAAAUGUUUAAGCUGCGUGAAACAUGGCAUGAUGUUUUCCCAGCUACAAAGUUGUACCAGUUGGAUGUGAAAGUGAAUUUAAUUGAUCCUGCAUGGCCAAUCCAAGCGCAGCCGCAACAGUCAAACAUCCAUGUAAAUCCCAAUUUUCUGAAAAAGACCGCUCCUACCACCAGCGCGACUCCUGUCCUGACAGAGGAGGAGGAGAAAAUGCGAAACAUUCUGGCCAAGAAAGAGCAAGAGCUCCUCAUGUUGCAGAGAAAGAAGAUUGAAAUGGAACUCGAGCAAACCAAAAGGCAGCUGGAGUUUGCUGAGAAGAAUGCUAAAAAGAUUGUUCCUCCUGUGAUGGGUGUUAACGCACCUACUACAAUGCCUGUAGCGAUGGUGAACCCUGUAGUUGCCCCGGUCGUGUCUACAAUACCCGCUAUAUCGGUUGAAGUCGCGCCACCUGUCAAUCUACCCGUCAAGCAAAGACUCGGACCGCCGGUGAAUAAAGUGGGCGGUCGCAUCGCACCGGUCAGCGCCGCCCUAGCGUCCGCCAGACGCGACCCGCGACUCGCUCGCGGCGGGGCGCCACCCACCGCGCCGGUACUGUCGCAACCCAUCGCCUCCAAUGUGUUUGACAUCAAACCUCUCGAGCGCGUGAUCAAACGCAAGAACGUGAUCACCAUCGACGUUCGACCCGACGGUCCGCCGCCGCGUGAUCCGCGUCGCCGCGACCCAAGACUCAACAAACGCGACGAUCGACCACGACGUCAACCGCGACCGCGACCCGAAGAACAACCAGAACUGCCCAUACCACCACCGGACCGCCUCCCCGAAAUCAAAGACAUCACCAAACUCCCGCCCAUACCCAAAAUAAGGCGGGAGCGAGAGCCCGACGAGGAACAACCUGUCGUCCCCAAAAAGAAAAAAGACGUUCGCGACGACAGAAAGAAAAAGAGAGAGAAAGACAGCGGCUCCGCCAACUCCUCCCCCGAAAAGAAGAACCGCUCUCAGAAAGACAGGGAGGUCAAAGAAAAAGAGAAAGAAGCUCCGAAAGAGAUAAAGGAGAAGGAGAAAGAGGCUCCCAAGGAGCAGAGGGACAAGCGUCGGCGUGAACGGCGGCUGGAACCGGAACCGGAGGCGCCGGCGCCGGAGCCCGAGGAGGUGCCUUUCAAGGAGCUCAAAAACUAUCGCAAGGAUCGCUACAUGCGCCGCAACCGGGAGAAGUCGGAUAGCCCCGAGCGGCCGGCGCCGAGCGACGACAAACCGGACGACAAACCGGCGGCCGACGCGCCAAAUGUGGGUGAUGUUGUGAUGGAGAAUAAGGAUGUUGACCUGAGGGUCUUGCAUCCGGUUGUAGCAGAGACGAAGGCGGCCCCAGUCGCGCAAAAGAGGUCUUCAACCGAAUUACUUGAAGGCAAACCUAAAAAGACUAAAAUAGAUAAGUUUGACGUAUUGUUUGGUAAUGAAGAUGUUGAUCUCCGCCAACUACCUCAAGUAGAAGAGCUAGCAGCGCCACCUCCGCCAUCAUUAUUGGAAUCUCCAAAAAGAGAUGCGGUGCCCAAAGAGGAAGAGUAUGAACCCUCACCGCGUAAAUCACCCAAGAAGGAUUGGAACGAUGUUAAGGAAAAGACUGAAGAUACCAAAAAGACCCCCUCUAAAUUAGAUUUGGUUAGAGCAAAAUUAGCUGAAGCAACUAAAGGAAAAGAUCGCCUCGGGCGACCACUAUUGUUUAGUAAAUCUCCAAGUAUUGAAAGAGAACGAAGACGUACGUUAAGUACUGAAGAUACAGAUUUAAGAGUAGAGAAUGGAGACGAGUUCGAUGCUGCAGAUCACAAAAAAUCCAUAUCAAUAAUUAUGAGUCAGGCUAAAGAGCAAUUUACGGAUGGCCAGCUAGACAAAAAUCAAUAUAACACGCUAAUGUACCAAGUGUUACAACUCAACGAGAAAUUAAAACUUAAAGAAGCAAAGCAGAGGGAAUCAUUGGAAGUGUCAAAACGGAAACUAAAAGCUCACACACAAGAAGAGAAUCACAAAGUGGCAAGUCCGAAGUCAUCUCCUAAUACAUUUGGUGAUAUUGAUGAAAGAAUUACACCGGCAGCUUUUCUGGACACCCCACCGGACAGUCAAAACUAUAUGGGGACAGAUUCUGAUAUGCGAAUAAAUUCAAUGCCUCCGUUAGAUGCGAUUGACGCUCCUAACCAUGGAAUCUUACCUAUGCCACCAGCUAUGCCGCCGAUGUUUGGCCCAUUCCCACCGGCUUGGCGAGGGCCACGACCAAGAACAGAGGAGUAUGUGCCUAGAAGGUUCCGAGCGCCAGUUCCUCCAUUUUUCAGAGGAAAGUUCGAUAAGCGAGUAGGCGUUUGGCCACCGUUUGAGCCCCGCCCAGCUUUACCUCCUCUGCCGACACCUAAAAUAGGAACGUGUCAAGGAAUAUGUCCUCUGCAACCUUACGAAAGAACUGCAUCUCCACCGCCACUCGGUUUAACCAGCGUAGUCAUACCGCCCACCGACUUCAAAGUCCUGGAAUACAUUGACCAAGAUCCUUUCAAAACCAUACAGAUCGAUGGCAUUCCCCGAGAUAUUAGGUAUUAUGGGGACACUGCGGUUAUCAUGAUGGAUUGGGAUGAUCCGCGUGAAAUUAAGUUUUUACCUGGAAGCAGAAGAGUAACAUUCGACAACAAGGACUCGAUAGUUUUAUCUUUCAAUGAAUGCUACAAAAAAGUGGAGAUUGACGACCAAGUGUUUGAUAUUAAAUUCGGUGCUCCCACAAGAGAGUUGUACAUAAACGGGAGAUGGUUCGAGUGUUUCUUUGGCGGCCAACCAUUAGGAGUUAUAAUUGAUGGGAAACCUAGACUGGUACAUUUAGAAGGGCCGUUGCCGCAAGUGGACAUUGGUAAAACGAAGCGGACGGAUCUGGUUGCUGGAAAAAUCAAUCUUAUAGUGAAUGCUGUUCAUAUAUGCCCUGUGUAUUUGGACGCCAAAGUGCAGAAAUUCCAAAUCGAAAACCAGUUCUUUACUAUUCGUUUUGUGGAUUCGUUCCGGACUGUAUUGAUUAACGAGCAGCCGUUUAAGGUGGAGUUUGGCGAUUUACCGCGACCCAUACAAGUAGGGGACAUGAAGUAUUUCAUUAGAUUCUCUGCUUUGCCAAGGCACGUAAAGCCUGGGUUGACAAAGGUUGUGAACAUGGAAGGUUCGAUGCUGAUGUUGCCGUUGGAGCCGAUUGUCAGUUUCGAGAACAUCCAUGACCAAAACUCUAUGGAGAUGGGUGUAGAAGUUCCUCCAAGACCACCGAAAACACCUAGCCCAGAAGCUACCCCAGAAAAAGGAUUAGAUAUGUUAGCAAGCUUAAUGCCCUCAAGUAUGGCGCCGGCUUCCGCAUCCGAGUACAGCUCUGCGGAACCCCUAUUUACCAAGCCAGACAAGAUUCCCGGUUUGGAGACCGCCGAAGAGAAACCUGCUAAUCCCGUCCUGCCAGUUCUUGGCAAUAUCAAUGUGACCGACUUGUUCGCUAAGCUGGUAGCGUCUGGUAUCGUCCAAGUGCCAAAAGAGCCCAAAACUGAAGAGAAACCAGAGCCAAAGACAGAGGAAGUUAAACCUAAGCCCAAAGAAGAUAAGACCGUUAUACAUAGUGUCGACCUUUUAAAACCGGAGACACUGAGGGUCAAACAGCCAGGGCUCGUCGCUAAACUGUACGGUGGGAUGCAGUGUUCCGGUUGUGGAACGCGAUUCCCCCCCGAACACACAGUGCGUUAUUCCCAACACUUGGAUUGGCAUUUCCGCCAAAACCGAAGGGACAGGGACUCCGCGAGAAGGGCACAUUCGAGGCAUUGGCAUUACGACUUGUCCGAUUGGCUGCAGUACGAAGAAGUCGAAGAUUUGGAGGAGAGAGAGAAAAGUUGGUUCGAAACGGGCGGGGCUGAAGAAGGGGGUGCGAUCGUAUCCGCCGUGCUCCCCGGGGAAGGGGAGGAGGCUCCAAGUGUCGCGGCGGGCGCUCCAGCGGCCCAUCAUUGCACCCUAUGCGGCGACGCCUUCCAACAGUUCUACAAUGAAGACAAGGAGGAAUGGCAUUUACGCAACUCUGUACGGCACGAAGACAAGAACUACCAUCCUUUGUGCUUCGACGACUAUAAGUUGUCGUUGACAAAGAACGAGACGCCACCGGAAGAGACGACCGAUGACGUGCUCUCUGUUGACAAGGUUGAAGAAGCCAUAGAGAUUAAGGAUGUGGACGACGAUACCAAUUCACAGUCGGACAACGAAUCCGUCGUGGAGGUUGUGGAACCCGUACCUGAAGAACUGGAGCCAGUGGAGAUCGACGAAGGUGACGAAGACGACGUAAUCUAUAAAGCGGAGCCCGUCGAAGAGGUGUUAGUUGAAGACGACGCGGACACAGACGACGAGACGGCAGCCACUAGGGCCGAACGAGACCGUCUCGCGCAGAUCGACUUCUCUAAAGUGAAGGUGAAGCAGGAACCCGUCGAUCCCGACGACGAGCCAGUGAUCACCGCUGAGGAAGCUUCUCCACCGCCUACUGUAGACACUACUGUUACCACAGUCCAAUCUUCCCUCGACGGGAAUACUCAACUGGAAGUGCCAACAGUUCGAGUCCAACCCACAGCGAUACGGAUCAAUAUCUCAAAAACUGUCCCUACUUUACCUGAACCCACCAUGGAAGAUGAAACUGACGAGCCACCACCCCCCGGUGAAGAACCGGAACUAGAGUAUACGCUCAAACCGUCCCUCGAAGGAAUACGUCUGAGUAGACAACCACCCAUACAGAAAGGCUCUGAGCUAUCUGGACUGUGCUCAAUCAUGUAAUAGUGAAAAUAGUGCUUGAAACAAAAAGGUCACGUUAAUAAAGUGUUCAAUACUACAACAACCAGUGUGAAAACAGUGUGAAAACCUUGUGAAAACUGUGUCAUUAUGUGGAAAAGGACAUAUGAAACAAAUGAUAUAGUGAAGUGUUAUCUGAAUCUUGCACAAGACAAAGUGUUAAUUUUAUGACGUUCCUUCCAUGUGCUGUUGCGUAACUGUAAAUAGUUAAUUUUUUCCUGGUAUUGCACAAUAUUGCAAUUUGACUGGGCAAUGUUUUCCUUACUGAGUAAAUAUGUAAAACAUUCUGAGUUUACAUACUCAUGUAUGGUCUUUCUUUUAUGCCUGUAGAAUAUUAAUUGAAUGAGUCUUAAACGAAGCAUAAAGAAAUUUAGUUACUUUAUUGUGUAUAUUUCAGUAAUUGUAGAUUUUGUUUGCAUUCUGCAUUGCAGGUAUAUAUGAUUAUAUUUUCUUCAUAUUAAGGUAUAUUCUUUAAAAAGAUGUUGCAAAAAUGAAUAUAAAAAUAUUUAUAAGGAAAUUUAAAAAAAAUGUAUCAGAAAUAAUUUAGUUUUGAACUACUUGCCAAGAAUUGGUUGCUGAUUACUGUUGGUCCUGUCUAUUAGGUCUAUUUAGGGUACUAUCUGAAAAUCUUGAUCAAUGAACAUGGUUCUAUGUAUACCUGAUUAUGAGGAUAGAGUAAAAUAAUACUACUUAUACAUAAUACACCUAAUAAAAUGUGAUACUAAGUUAAUGACGUAUUAUUACAUUGAAAUAAAGUUUUUAAAUUGGUUCAUUUAUUGUUUAUGAUUGAUCGGAGAGUUACUGUACAUAUUAUGACUUACAUUGUAAAUAUUAUAAUAAAGUAUUUCCAUUGCUUUUGUAUAAGGUACAAAUUAUAAUAAACAUGUGUUUUGAAAAUAAAUUUGCUUAUAGGGUUCACAGUUGAAUCUCAAUUGUUGCAGUAAGGUUUGUAUAGAUGGCUGACUUCUGUGCAUUGUUGUCUGCAAUGAUGCAUUCUAAAUAUCGUACUGGAACUGGAAGUUCCAUAACUCUAUGGUCAGAAAAGUUAUGCACACUUCUGUCUGCUGUCUAUUCAACUUAUUUAAAUCUAUCAAAAGAGUCUAGCAGUUAGCUUUUUUGAACUUUUGACAGAUUUUUAAUAUUUAAGCAAUUAUGUUCUUUUGUUAAUAAUAACUAAUAUCAUUUAUUAGUGACUGAAGUUGAAAAAAAAACUGAAUAAAAUAUACAUUUCAUAACAAUUAUGUAAAAUAUAAACUGGUAAAACUUGCAGAUUGUGAUUGCGAAUGAUGCAUUGCUUAGACUUUUUUGAUGUUGAACAUAAAAUGUGUUUAAUUAAAUUUUUGAUUGUAUAUUGUAUAUAAUCGCUUAGGAUAAUUUAUUUAAGUUGUAACCAAAUGUUGGUGGUGAUGUGAUUUGUUCUCAUUUAGUCAAUUUCUAUAAAUAUUGUUUUUUUCAAUCACAAGGAGCCAAUAAUUGGUAAUGUUGAAAUAAAUCACAAUAAAACUAAGACAAUGUUUUUUUUGCUUUAUGCUCAAUGUGAAACCCUUAUAAACCUAUUGAAGUAGAGAUAAUAAAUAGGUUUUAUUUCCAAAAUUAUGCUUUUCAUUUACUUUCCUUUAUAGAUUAGAGAUAAGUUAUAGAAAAAUAAAUGUAUACUUAAAAUUGCAACAAUUUUAUAUAGUUACAGUCAGAUGCUAAAAAC